GCUGCUAUGUCUUUUCUUAUCUUAGAUUAAGAUCCUUUGGGGGUUCAGCUUGAUUAAGUCGAUCCAUAUUAUGAUGCUCUGGAUUUAAAAUGUUGAAUUUGUCUGAUUUUAAUUAGAUUUGGAACCUUGGCCACGUAUCUUCAUUCAGAAUUGAUCAUUUGCAUCUGAAUUUUUGGACUUGUCAUUUUGGCGAGGUGUUUAUGUUCAGUAGUCUUUUUUACUCUACCAACCAUGUGUUGAAAGCGAGUUUCAGAUAUUCAUGUGCAAUAGUUGAACUCUGUUCUUGCAUAAUUCAUAUGGGCAGCAUGUCAAAGUUAGAAUGAAUCAAAGCAAUAGUAGAUCUAUCAUCUCGUCUGUAUUAACAAAUUCAGUUCAAUUGCUGUCACAUCAUAUUGAACAACAAAUCUAUGCUUCCUCAAAUUGACGUGAAAGGCGUCCAUGCUCAUUUUCUUAGUUACUUUCAUGUUGCGUGCAAACUCUUUUAUUCAAAAUUAUUUACUUUUGGUCAAGUUCUACAACACAGUACUAGUAGUUUUCUAACCAUUUCCCUUGCAAGUUGGCCUUUUAUUUGGAUAUGCUAUCUGAAAGUCCAAACAUAGCUUGUAGAAGGAUCUCAUAUUAAAGAAUGCAGAGUAACAAUCAUCAUACCUGUGCUGGAUGCAUGUUAUCCUUGCUUUUCCAGUUUCCUUGAUCAACAUUCUUCUAUGUUCUAGAAGGACUAUUUGGUGUAGCAAAUUAGCAAUACCUUGAUAUAGAACCUCGGGCAGAAGCAAAGUGACCAUAGAAAGGGAAAUGGCUGCAUACGAACCAAAGAAGAACAGUGAAGUAAGGAUAUUUGAGAGUUCAGAUGAGAUAGCAACAGAUCUGGCUGAGUAUAUCUCACAAGUUUCAGAAAUUUCUGUGAAAGAAAGGGGAUACUUCGCUAUUGCCCUAUCUGGAGGGCCCCUUGUCAGUUUCUUGAGGAAACUUUGUGAAGGGCCGUAUAACAAGACACUGGAUUGGUCUAAGUGGUACAUAUUCUGGUCUGACGAACGUGCUGUAGCAAAGAACCAUGCGGACAGUAACUAUAAGUUGACAAAAGAAGGAUUCCUAUCAAAGGUACCUAUUCUCAGUAGUCAUGUCUACUCGAUAAACGACAAUGCCACAGUCGAGGAUGCAGCGACAGAUUAUGAGUUUGUCAUCAGGCAGCUGGUGAAGGCCCGCACGAUAGGAGUCUCAGAGAGCACAGACUGCCCCAAGUUUGAUCUCAUUCUUCUCGGUAUGGGCUCUGAUGGACAUGUUGCCUCACUUUUCCCUAACCAUCAAGCCCUUGAGCUGAAAGACGACUGGGUCACCUACAUCACUGACUCUCCGCAGCCUCCACCUGAGAGAAUCACCUUCACCCUUCCUGUAAUAAACUCAGCAUCAAACAUAGCAAUCCUAGCGACGGGCGUCGACAAAGCAACUGCGGUUCAGUUAGCCGUGUAUGACAGUAGCGAUGGCCCAGACACCCCCACGUCACUGCCUUCCCGGAUGGUUCAGCCAACCGACGGGAAGCUGGUGUGGUUUUUGGACAAGGCAGCCGCCUCGUCACUCGAGUUGUCGGACGGUGCCUACGAGCAUCACCGUGAGUACUAACUCAGAAGGACUGAAGAUUCUUUUGAUGUGUAUGAAGAUGUGUAAGUAGGUGGUGAAUCAUGGAGGGACGUUUGCUCUCCCCUGUAGCUCUCAAUACCUCUGGUCUUCGUGUUAGUCCAACGGAAACAGAGAUGGUUUUGUGCGGCACCAUGUUUAUGUGAUGUUGAGGGGCUAGGAGACGAGAACACUAAACCUGAUUUGUGGUCAGUUAUGAUGUUAUGUUAUCCAUUCCCUAUCUAGUUGAAAUUAGAUUCUUUUGUUAGUAUGUAGCCAAUCUUAUGUGGUUAUUUCAAUGUAAAACUGAAGCCGAAACUAUAAAUUCGUCUGGCUUUGCUUAA